AUGUCUGCGUUGACAGUAUUGUCAAUUGCCCACAAUUCAUUCUCUGGGCCCAUCCCAAAGGAGCUUGGAAACCUUAAGGAGCUAACUAUGCUGUCCCUUGGAUCAAAUAAUUUAUCUGGAACACUCCCUCCAGAACUUGGUAACUUAGUCAAUCUCGGGCUAUUUUACAUGGACAGUUGUGGACUCAGUGGAGAAAUUCCUUCAACAUUUGCUAAGCUCAUCAAAAUGAAAAUCCGGCCCGAUACCAACCAGUUUUUCUCAACUGACUUCAUUGGAAUCUCUGUAAGGGCAAAUGCUUAA